AUUCCGCUCACUUGCAUACAAAGUCUCACAGUCUUUCUUCGGAAUCUUCAGCUAUGGCGUAACUUCUCAAAGUCGUGUUCCUUUACGCGUUGCAGCUUUGCAACACUCUCGUAUUUUUCUCUUUCUCUCUCUCCCUCUAAUUACAUUAUACUACGUAUAAAAUUGAGAAAUUGUGUUGCUGCAAGAUAAAUGGCGCUUCUUCCACCUCUUUUACUUUCUGAAAAAGGAGUGGUAUCUGCUGCGCGAUUGCACAUUUCAAGGGUUUGAAACUGCGCUUAAUUUGUUGCUGAAUUUCUAUGAGAUUACGAUUCUUGAGAAAAUGGGGAGCCACAUGAGCAAGAGCCAUGGAGAAACCUCUGCUGCAAACGACAUCAACAAUCUGCACUUCGCAACCGAGCUGCACUCAUAUGAGGCGGCGUGCAAGGUUGACGCUGACGUACAAGCCUUCGAUGCGGCCCUCCAUUACCGAACGAACAAUGCGAUCAGUGCCCUAGCUGCUGGAGUUGAGGUCAAGGCAAUGUCGUUUGACUCCCUCCGAGAAGUCACGGCUUGCCUGCUCGACAUGAAUCAGGAAGUGGUGAAGGUGAUCUUGGAUUGCAAGAAGGACAUUUGGAAGAAUCAGGAGUUGUUCGAGUUCGUGGAGGAGUACUUCGAGAACAGCCUCAAGAUCCUCGAUUUCUGCACUGCGUUGGAGAAGUGCCUCAAGUCAGCUAGAGACAGGCAGCUGCUGAUCCACAUUGCACUCCAGCAGUUUGAGGAGGAGGAGGAGGAGGGGGUGGGGGAUGGGAGGUAUACGAAGACACUGCUUGAGCUGAGGAACUUCAAGGAAGCAGGGGAUCCCUUCACGGAGGAGUUCUUCAAGAUCUUCGAGUCUGUCUACAGGCAGCAGAUGGUGAUGCUGGAGAGGCUGCAGUCGAGGAAGAACAAGCUCGACAAGAAGCUCAAGUCCGUCCACGCGUGGAGGAAGGUGUCCACGGUGAUCUUUGCAGCCACUUUUGCUGCUGUGCUGAUAUGCUCAGUGGUGGCUGCUGCCAUGGCUGCCCCACCCGUGGCGGCCGCCCUAGCAGCGGCCGCCUCCGUCCCAUUGGGGUCGAUGGGGAGGUGGAUGGAUUCGCUGCUCAAGAACUAUCAAAAUGCUGUGAGGGGGCAGAAGGAGAUCAUCAACUGUAUGAAUGUUGGCACUUACAUUGCCAUCAAAGAUUUGGAUAAUAUUCGAGUGCUGGUCGAUAGGUUGGAGAUUGAGAUCGAAUCGCUCUUGAAAAUGGCGGAUUUCGCCAUUGAUGAAGAUGCUGUGAAGGUCUGUGUAGAGGAGAUGAGGAAGAAAUUGGUGGUGUUUACGAAGAAUAUUGAGGAAUUGGAAAUGCAGGCUGAUAAUUGCAGCAGGGAUAUUCGCAGGGCUAGAACUGUAAUUCUUCAAAGAAUCAUCAAACAUCCCAACAAUUGAACAAUGUGAAGAAUGGUUGGAUCAUUUAUUUAUUUGAUCUUUAGACAAGGGAUGUUUGGAUGUUAAAGACAGAUUUCAUUCAUUAAAUUUAAUUUUCUGUUAUGUUGGUUCAAA